AUGUUUUCCGCCUUCCCAGCAGCCUUGAUUGAUCCGCAGCAGACUGUAGGACCAUCUAGCGCCGUCGAAGACCAGCUGCGUAAGCAGAUCGCUGGACUCGAGGAUGAGGUCCGCCAGCCCAAGCUCAAUCAAGACCCACAUUUUGAAGCUGUGAAGUACUACGCGUUGCUUCAGGAAGAGCUAGAUCAACUCCGCGAGAGAAGGACCUCAACCUUCAUGUCGGGCUCCAAGUGGCACAAGAGUGUCGUCGGCUUCUGA